AUGGCCUCGCAGAACGACGACCCCGGCGCCGUCGCCCGCGCCCCCAGCAAGGCUGCCGAACCCGGCGGGGGCGCCGCCCGGGGCUCCGUGCGCAGCAGGCUGCAGCAGGAGCUGAUGACGCUGAUGAUGUCCGGAGACCACGGCAUCUCCGCCUUCCCGGAGUCGGACAAUCUCUUCAAGUGGAUCGGGACCAUCAACGGCGUGGCUGGGACGGUCUACGAGGAGCUGAGGUACAAGCUCUCCUUGGAAUUCCCCAGCGGCUACCCCUACAACGCUCCCACCGUCAAGUUCCUCACCCCUUGCUACCACCCCAACGUGGACCUGCAGGGCAACAUCUGCUUGGACAUCCUGAAGGACAAGUGGUCGGCUCUCUACGACGUCCGGACCAUCUUGCUCUCCAUCCAGAGCUUGCUGGGAGAGCCAAACGUGGAAAGUCCUUUGAAUACAGAGGCUGCCGAGCUGUGGAAGAACCAAGCAG